AUGACGUUCUCGAAAUGGCAGCUGGCAGUGUUGCUGUCAGCGCGGGGGAGGGCCCAUAGGAUACACCAUCCUGUUCCCUGGGGUAAACUGUCAGACAGGAUAGGGAGGAAGCCUGUCAUCUUGGGAGGUCUGUGCGGUGUCGCUGUCACGCAUACGCUCUUCGGUAUGAGUCAAAGCUUCUGGUGGGCCAUGAUAGCUCGAUUCCUGAGUGGUGCGCUGUGUGGGAAUGCUUCCGUCAUGCGAGCUGUGCUAGGCGAGAUCACUACGAAGGAUAACGAAGGCUGGGUGUAUCCUCUCUGGACGGUCUGCUGGGACCUCGCAUGUGUAGUGGGCCCAGCUAUCGGAGCGUUACUUCAGAACCCAGCUACACAGUACCCAAAUUCAUGGAUGGCCAAAUCGAACUUUUUGAGGAAAAAUGCGUAUUUCUUGCCGAGCGCGUUGAUAGGUUCCAUGUCUUUGCUGGCUGCUGUACUCGUCCUUUUCUGUCUUGAAGAGACCAACCCGGUUUGCCGCAAUGGAGCCGCCGUUAAGGACGCCAAACCGACCGAAGAGACACCACUCUUGACCGAAGAGCCCAUAGAUGCUAUCGAGGCCCUUCCACCGGCUCAUAGCUUCUUUGAGUUGGUGUCGAUGAAAGCGAUCGAACAGGUCCUCAUCUCCAUCUUCCUCCUCACUCUUACUGCAAUGUCGUUUGACGCGGGUUUCGUUCUCUUCGCCUACUCUUCGGCCACACUGGGCGGAAUUGCCCUCUCUCCGACGAGUAUCGCCUCAUGCCUGUCCGUCAAGGGCGGUAUGUCAAUUGCGUUCAACCUUCUUCUAUUCCCACAAGCUUUGAAACGCGUGAAGAAGAAGACGCUGUAUCGGUCUUUCGCCGCGUGCUGGAUAGCCGCCUUUAUGUUACCGCCUGGCAUGAAUGUGCUUGUGCUCCACUCGGAGGACGGCGGCGGAAGUUCCGCAGCCGGUGAAAUUGGAGAUGGAACAUGGGUGGCAAAUGGAUCGCUUAGGUAUUUGUGGUUCAUGAUGGUCCCGCUGCUGGUGCUAUACGUCUUCGGUGACCUCUGCUUCCCGUAA